UCACUUCAAUCUCAUCACUCUCAAACCAUUGAAGAAUCUCAUUCACCCAAAUUUAUAAUCUCUUAUAAACCGUUUUUCUGUUUUCUCUGAAAUUCUCAAUGGCACGUACCAAGCAAACCGCUCGCAAGUCCACCGGAGGCAAAGCUCCAAGGAAGCAGUUAGCAACAAAAGCUGCUCGCAAAUCUGCUCCGGCCACCGGAGGAGUGAAGAAACCUCAUCGUUUCAGGCCUGGAACCGUCGCUCUUCGUGAGAUCCGUAAGUACCAGAAGAGCACUGAGCUUUUGAUCCGCAAACUUCCUUUCCAGCGUCUUGUUCGUGAAAUCGCUCAAGAUUUCAAGACUGAUCUCCGUUUUCAGAGCUCUGCUGUGUCGGCACUUCAAGAAGCCGCGGAGGCUUAUCUUGUUGGACUCUUUGAGGAUACUAACCUCUGCGCCAUUCAUGCUAAGCGUGUCACUAUCAUGCCUAAGGAUAUCCAGCUUGCUAGGCGUAUUAGAGGCGAGCGUGCUUGAUGAUCUUGUUGUUUUUCUUUCUGUUAGGGUUUGUGUAGAUAGUUUUAAUGUGUAGUUAAUCACAAACCGUUGUUAUCAAUUUCCCUAUGGAUCUUGUUAUAUUGUAAUUGUGCUGAAUUCUUAAUCAAUGGAAUGAAUCGUAUUUUGUUCAA